AGCGUGGCGAUAUGGCCGCCGUUCGCGUGCCAAAGGGCUUCGCGCCAUGUCGCCAGAGUGGGUCUCAGAGUAUCGCUCGCUCUCGGAGGCCCAGGAUACACCGGUGAGGAGCAGCAGUCGGAAGCUCUGCCGGGAUCCCUCGAGUGAUAACCUCUUUGUGGACCUGGAUGCGCAGCCGGGAUGCCCGCAGAGCGAUUUGUUCCUCGAAAACAUGCUCUACCAUGAGUCGAAGCUGGAAACGAUUGAUGAGGCGGUUGGGAUGGCGCAUGAUGCCGAAUGGACUGGCAGAGGGUCUAUGUUUGCCAGCGUCUUCACGCUGGUGGCGUCUGCCAUGGGUGCCGGGUGCCUGUCCCUGCCCCACAUGUUCAGCAGGACGGGCCUGGUGCCGGGUUUGGUGCUGUUGGCCUGCGGCGCGGUGCUGGCCCACGUGUCCCUGGUGAUCCUCAUGAGCUGUGCUCGGUACACCCAGAGCCGGUCCUUUGCGGAGCUGGUGUCCUUCAGCGAGAUGGACGCGGAGGAGCUGGUGAGGCCCCAGAGGCACUUCUGGGUGGACGUGGUCAUUACCUUGUACGGCAUGGCGGCGGUGUUGAUUUAUAUGAUGCUCAUCGGGGACUUUUUCACGGACAUCGCCAAGAGCCCCGUCUUCGGCCACGAGGUGCCGCGGCAAAGUCUGAUUUUGGGGUCCCUGCUUGUGGUCUUCCCCAUGUCAAUCCCGCGGAACGUGACCGCCUUGAGGUACAUUUCGUUCUUCAGCACCAGCUCCAUCGUCUUCCUGACGGUGGUGGUGGUCGCAAAGACGCCGGGUUUGUGGCGUGCGGCCGCCGCGGCCGAGGAGGAGAGGAAAGUGAAGGA